UGCGUGGAUCUCGUUGGUCUUCACUCUCUUGGAGUUAUACCUCUUGCUUCCGCAUUUUUUGGACUUCCUAAAGAAAUCCAGGUUACAGGCCACUCAAAAGUCGCAGGUCACGAUCAGAUCGGUGCAGGAUGUCGGGGUCCUUACCUUUCUACCAGAAACACCACCGCCACUAUGACCGCGGAUACCGCAGCAAGGAGCUGGAGUCUGCUCUUAGCCAAUACCGGCAGUCCAGCACUUACUCCGCUCGCAGCAGUAGCAUCAGCAAAGGAGCGAAAGCUGCUGUGUUCUCAGAGGUAGCGGAGACUGAUCUGGGCCCAAUAGCCAAAAAAUCCAAGCCAACGUACCUGGCCUUCGACAAGGAGAACCAAAUCAUCGGCUACGUUGUGCCUCUCUUCAAAGGCAGUCAGGAGUUUGCCAGCGGACUUUCAGACACCGAGGAGGCAAGGAUGAAGGAGACUGCCGGGUACCUGGCCAGGAGAGAGCUGUUCUCCAGCGAGCUAAAGGAAGAAAAAGUGGAAAUGCACCAGACCUCCAGGAGAGUGGCCAUGAGAGAGUCAGCGGAGCGAAUGGUCUUGAAAAAGACGAUCUACGAGAAUGAGGAAUUCCACCGGAGGAUGAAUGAAGACCACCUGAUGUACGCCCCACGCUUUGUGAUCAAGCCCCGCUCCCACAUGGUGUGGGAGAAGCAGUCGGUGCGACUGCACUGCACUGUGUCAGGCUGGCCUGAGCCUCGCGUGGUGUGGUACAAAAAUAAUGUGUCUAUUGACCCUCUCCUCCACCCUGGCAAAUAUAAGAUACAGAGCAGUUACAACGUUCAUUACCUGGAGGUCAACAGAUGCGAUUUUGAUGACACCGCUCAGUAUCACGUAUCUGCCAUGAACGCGAAAGGGGAGCUGUCCGCCUUUGCCUCCAUCGUGGUGAAAAGAUUCAAAGGAGAAGUUCCCGACUCACUUCCUGCUCCAAGACAUCAUGGGUUCUGCUCUGAGUACGGCAUCACAUUUGAGACCCACUUUGUGGACAAGUUCAGUGUUUCCUUCGGCCGGGAGGGAGAGACCCUAAGCCUGGGCUGCACCGUGAUCAUCUCCCCCAGUCUGCCUCGCUUCCAGCCCGAAGUGCAGUGGUACAGAGAUGACGUUCUCCUUCAACCCUCCAAAUGGGUGCACAUUCACUGGAGCGGAGAGCGCGCCACCCUGACCCUCCCCCACCUCAACAAGGAGGACGAGGGCCUGUACACCCUGCGUGUGGCCACCAAGUCCGGCUACGAGACCUACUCCGCCUACGUCUUCGUCAGAGACGCUGACGCGGAGAUGGAAGGGGCUCCCGCUGCUCCUCUGGACGUGUCCUGUCAGGAUGCCAAUAAGGAUUACGUCAUUGUGACCUGGAAACAGCCAGCAGUGGAUAGAGGGAGCUCCAUUCUGGGAUACUUUGUGGACAGAUGUGAGGUGGGCACCACCCACUGGAGCCAGUGCAACGACACGCCCGUGAAGUUCGCUCGCUUCCCCGUGACGGGGCUGGUGGAGGGGCGCUCGUACGUGUUCCGCGUGCGCGCCGUCAACAAGUGCGGCAUGAGCAGGCCGUCCCGCGUCUCCGAGCCUGUGGCGGCCAUGGACCCCGCUGACCGCGCCCGCAUGAAAGGUCAUCCUUCAGCCCCCUGGACUGGUCAGAUUAUCGUCACAGAGGAGGAACCUGCAGAGGGCGUGGUCCCUGGCAAACCCAGUGACCUGGCCGUCACUGAGGCAACCAAGAACUAUGUGGUGCUGAGCUGGAAGCCCCCAGGACAGAGGGGUCAUGAGGGCAUCAUGUACUACGUGGAGAAGUGUGUGUCCGGCACGGACAGCUGGCAGAGGGUGAACACGGAGAUCCCGGUGAAGUCUCCCCGCUUCGCCCUGUUCGACCUGGCCGAGGGGAAGUCCUACAGCUUCCGCGUGCGCUGCUGCAACUCGGCCGGGGUCGGGGAGCCCUCUGAGCCCACGGAAGCCACCACCGUCGGCGACAAGCUGGACAUCCCCUCCUCCCCCGGCCGCGUGGUCCCCACCAGGAACACGGACACCUCGGUGGUGGUGUCCUGGGAGGGGUCUAAGAACGCCAUGGAGCUGGUGGGGUACUACAUCGAGAGCAGCCUGGUGGGCAGCAAAGCCUGGGAGCCCUGCAACAACAAGCCCGUGAAAGGCUCCAGGUUUGUGUGCCAUGGCCUGACUACAGGAGAGAGCUACAUAUUCAGGGUGAGAGCUCUGAACGCAGCCGGACUCAGUGACUACUCACAGGAGUCAGAGGCUGUCAUAGUGAAGGCCGCCAUAGCUUCCCCUACCCCUCCCUAUGACAUCACGGUGCUGGAGAGCGUGCGCGAUGCCAUGGUCCUGGCCUGGAAACAGCCCACCUUCCUUGGCGGUGCUGACAUCACCGGGUACUUCGUGGACUACCGGGAGGUCAUCGACGGGCUGCCCGGGAGGUGGCACGAGGGCAACAUAAAGGCGAUCAGCGAGCGUGCUUAUCGAGUGGAGGAUCUGAAGGAGAACAUGCUGUACCAGUUCCAGGUGCGCGCUGCCAACAUGGCGGGCGUGGGAGUCCCCUCCAUGGCCAGUGAAACCUUCAAGUGUGAGGAGUGGACCAUCGCAGUGCCAGGCCCUCCCCAUGACCUCCAAGUGUCCGAGGUGCGCAAGGACUCGCUGGUGUUGCUGUGGAAACCGCCCGUUUACCAGGGCCGCGACCCGGUCAACGGCUUUUAUGUGGACAUCAAGGAGGCGGAAGCCACGGAGGAGUCCUGGAGGGGGGUGAACGAAAAGGCCACGGAGAAGACCUACAUGAAGAUCAGGGAUCUGAAGGAGGGUGUCUCCUACCUUUUCCGUGUGCGUGCCCAGAACAAGGCGGGGGUAAGCAAGGCCUCUCAGGCCACGGAACCCAUCCUGGCUGAGACCCGUCCAGGUACCCAUGAGAUUGUUGUUGCAGUUGAUGAUGACGGUGUGAUCUCAAUGAACUUUGAGUGUUCCAGCAUGACGAAAGACUCACAGUUUGUGUGGUCCAAAAACUAUGAAGAAAUUCAAGAGUCUCCUCGCCUUACUGUGGAGACCAAAGGGGGAAAGUCAAAAGCCACCUUUAAAAUGCCGGCUGAGGAUGAUCUUGGCAUUUAUUCCUGUGUUGUCACCCACACUGACGGCGCUUCUGCCAGCUACAACUUAAACGAAGAAGAACUGAAGAAACUUCUGGAGAUCAGUCACGAUCACAAGUUCCCCAUUAUCCCUCUCAAGUCAGAGCUGGCGGUGGAGCUGCUGGAGAAAGGCCGUGUGCGGUUCUGGCUGCAGGCCGAGAAAAUGUCCUCCGGUGGCAAAGUGGAGUACGUGUUCAACGACAACCGUCUGGCGCAGGGAGAGAAAUACAAGAUGAACUUUGACAAAAACACAGGCAUCAUCGAGAUGUUUAUGGACUCGCUGACGGUGGAGGACGAGGGCACCUACACCUUCCAGCUGGAGGACGGGAAAGCCACCAACCAGUCCAGCCUCGUGCUGAUUGGAGACGUGUUCAAGGACAUACAGAAGCAAUCAGAGUUCCAUAGAAAAGAAUACUUCAGGAAGCAAGGACCCCACUUUGUGGAGUAUCUCAGUUACGAGGUCACCCCAGAAUGUCGCGUGCUGUUGAAAUGUAAGGUGGGAAACAUUAAAAAAGAGACGGUGGCUUCGUGGUACAAGGACGGGCGGGAACUCAAAGUGGACGAAAAGCUGUCAUUCACCGAAGGAGUGCUCUCCCUGGAGAUUGCCCAGAUUUCAAAGAGAGAUGCUGGUGUUUAUGAAGUCGUGCUCAAGGACGAGCGUGGAAAGGACACUGCGACGUUGAAGCUGACGGAUCAGGGUUUCAAGGACUUGAUGAAUGCAGUAUUUAGUGUUAUCGCUAACUCCUCCACACCACUGAAGAUCCAGAGUACAGAUGAGGGCAUCAGACUAUAUACCUUCGUCAACUACUACAAUGAUGAACUCCUUGUCACCUGGCAGCACAAGGAUGCAGCCAUCGCCUUCAACACAGAAAGGAUCAAGAGCGGCGUUGUGGGGGAGCAGCUGUGGCUGCAGAUUUCUGAGCCCACGGAGAAGGACAAGGGAAAGUAUGCCAUCGAGUUCUUCGAUGGCAAGGGUGGGCUCCGGAGGACCGUGGAGCUGACUGGGCACGCCUUUGAUGAUGCGUUCGCAGAAUUCCAGAGACUGAAAGCGGCUGCCGUCGCAGAGAGAAAUCGUGCUCGUGUGGCCGGAGGCCUGCCUGACGUGGUGACCAUCCAGGAGGGCAAGUCUCUAAACCUCACCUGCAACAUCUCGGGAGACCCGGUGCCUCUGGUAACCUGGCUGAAGAAUGAGAAGGAGCUGGUGUCAGAUGACCACUUCAUCCUCAAAUUCGAGUCUGGCAAGUUUGCCAACUUCAUCAUCACCAAUGUGUCCACGGCCGACUCCGGCAAGUACUGCAUCCUGGUGAAGAACAAAUUUGGAACGGAGAGCGGAGACUUCACCGUAAGUGUCUUCAUCCCAGAUAGCGAGCAGCCCCAGAAGAAGGCGGAUAAGAAAAAAUAAAAAGAACUUCAUACUACAUAUGCAUAUAUUAAAACACUAUAUAGAUAUUUAAUAGAUUGAUUAUAUAUUGAAAAUGAUAACGGUUGAACGAUCGCCUGGGUGGUUGGAAAAACUUUAGCCUCCAGAUAAGCAACUUUCUUCUGGGAGUAAAUUAUAGAGGAUUAGGGGGAAAUCUGUCAAGAUUGAUUGGAAAUAUUUGUUGCCAUUCAGGAGGGUAAGGACCCAAUAACACACUUGAGUAAAAGGCAUUGAUUAUCCUGCUCUAAACAUAACUGCCUUUACUAGUAAUGCAAAUAGAGUGUUUCCCGAUCAGUAAUACGUUUGUAGUGCAGUCUCUGGCAGGUAGCUCUAAAUUUCAAAUACAGAAAUAUAUGAAGUGGUGUCUAAUUUUCUGACUCAAAAGGUAAAAAUUAAACAGGCACACUUGGUCCAACAACACCACCAUGACAAAGCAAUUAAUUAAAUUGGUCUGGGAUGCACAGUAGGAUCCAGCUAUAAUUCAUGCUUUUGGUCUUUCAUCCAAACUUUCUUUUUUAGUGUGUUUCUUUGCUUUUCAGUUGUAGAAAAAAUUAAUAAUAGUAUAUGACAAAUGCUUGAAUCCGAUGUGUUCAUAUUCAUAGCCAUAUGUCCACAGUGAGCAGAUUGUUGGGCACUAGUUUUGCUAGCAGUUCAGACUAGCAGUAAAUGACCUCUGCCAGUGUCACCUACACAUCAAGUAGGACCUUUAGCAGAUUCCCCAUGACCCAGGUAUAAUACUGUAUCUUUCAAACUGGUGCUUUUUCUCUAAAAUACCUCUGCAUUAUUAGCACACACAACAUUGCCCAAUGCAUUGGUAUGCCAGUAUAACCUUCAUAGGUCCUCCCCUUCUUCAUCUGAGACCAGCUAUUCACACAGGACGACAAACAGUGGAGUGAAUCAGGACUGUAGAAGAAGAGCAGCCCCAUAGUGUUGCUAAUUUGUGUUUUUUAAUGGUUGUGGUUAAGGCUUUUUUUCUUGCUGUACAAGGCAGUCUCUAUUCAACUGUGAAAACCCAGCUUUGUCCUCUGUACUAGCUCAAAAGACUGGAAGCUGAGUGUCAGUGGGGAUAAAGAUGAGAAAAUGUACGUUGUGGUCAUUGUUUCCUGUAGAGUGCAAUUAAAUGAAUUAAUCCAUUGUGUUGAAUGUAAGCCCCACUUCAUUCAGUCCAAUAAUGGCACUUCCUUGUCACUGUCCUUCUGGUGCCCCUUGUCAUUUGACUAAUAAACAGUGCACAUGUUCUUCACCUCC